GGACACAGCAUCGGAUCUGUUGAUGCAAUUGUUUCAAGAUCCAUCUCACUCCUACCCCUUUCUAAUAACACCCACUGUCUACCGCAAACAGCAUAAUGUGCAAGCAUACGCACUAUUACUACCCCAAAUGCGGCCACAUCGCCAAGUGGACUGUGGAAAGCUGUGUCGAGUUUACAAACAAGCUCCAUGCAAACCCCGAUAAUGAAGAGAAGAUGUUGUGUAUCGAGACCAUUGACGAGGAAGUCAUUCUGCCCGUGAGCCACCCUCAUUACUGUCUAAAGUGUGAACAGGACUGGCUAAAGGAAUACGAUAUUAACUACGAAAACCAUGGGGACCAAGCUGAUAAUCAUUCCGUUCAAUCCAGCAGAGGAAGAACCCCGAAUGCGCCAAACCGUGUCCUUGAAUUGAAGGCAAAAAUGAAUUCCUCCCUAUCUGACGGCAACUCUAGUCCAGUCCACUCACAGUAUUCAUUCCACGAUAUGUGCGUUGUAGGCAUGGUUCUUGUUCCUGAACACGGGGCACCCUUUGCAGACCCAGCAGAAGAUGGCUUUGAUCCUUCCUUGUCGAAUCUGGGCCUCGACGUGCGAGACGAUCGUUCACAUGGUACUACUGUUCAUUUGAACGGUCCCAACGGCGCACAAUCAGAUACAGAUUAUCUUAAUCCUUGGAAUAUCGCCCGCUUCGUUCGUGGUUUGGGUGGUACACGUGAAAAAGCCGUGCCAGACAGUCCUGCAGGGCCGCUGUCAAGUUUGAGACCCGAUCCCCGUCAAGGUACUUUCUAUGAUUCCUCAUCUUCUCCGGAUGCGCCGAGUAUCGCACCGUCUUCGUCGCUGGACUCGCCUAUGACCGGGUUUGAGUGGUCGCCGCCGGUAGGGCUAGCUAGAUCAUUGUGGCCAGAUGCAACACAGCCAUCAGCUUCUGCGCCAACCUCGCAUGGUGACAAUCAGGGUGUUAUUGAGAUGGCUCGCUUCCUGGACAGUGAUGGUUCUGCGUCAAUAUCCUGUGAUUCACCAUAUGCGAAAAUUACUUUCGAAACUGACACAGGUUAUGACGCUGACUCGGGGAACGAGGAAUCAGAACGUGGAGCUAGGGAUGCAGACAUGGAGAGCAUCGGCUCACUUUCCUGCAAUGCUUCCAGCACAGAGCUAGUCUACCAUUCAGACGGGGAAUCUGAUAACAAGUCAGUGGUCGUGGUUUCUAGCCCGGAUAUCAAUAACUACUCACUUAACCGUAGCGCAUCAGAUGCCACCCCAGAGUCCUUCUAUUCGGAAUCUGAAUCUCAAAUUGAGGGCGAUCCCUCGGCAACUAAACUCAACUCCAGCCUGGUGUUUUGGUUCUUGGUUUGUUUGGUAUGCCAUAUCUUUGCACGAACCUUAAGUGAUGUUGUAUGCUGACAGCUGUGAGAAGACCUUGCAUUAAAGAUUAUCGGUGUUUGCUUGGCUGUUGUUUUUGUUUCUCUCUUUUUUGCCAUUUUGUUAUUUUUUGCUGGGAUGGUGGUGGUUGAGAGCUGUGGGUUUGUAGAAGUUAACACGGUCAAUUCAUUAUGGACGCGUGACAGUCCCAUUUUCAUCCAUGG